AUGGUCAAGCAGUCAUGGAUCGAGUUUGAAGGUCUUGAGAGCAGGCCCAGGUUCAGGCCCAGGAACGGCCCAGACCUGGCUGCACUGCCAUAUCUCCACCUCCAUCCCCCACUUAGCAUCUCAUUUAGUUACUGGAGGUUCUCCCACCACUAUCUGGAAAUUUACCCGACUACUUCUAAAUCUUGCAGAACAAGGAAAGCGUUUGAUGCUGAAUACUAGCAGAAUCCUCAGAGGAUGGAUUUUGAUAUUCUAACACAUACUGUAGCUCAGACUGCAUCUGAAGUUAUCAAUCCUCUUAUAGAAGAACUUAGUUGUGAUAAAGUUUAUCAACAGAGAAUAGUUAAGUAA